AUCUCAAAGCUUUUGAAAGAAGACUAACUGAAUAUAUUGCAUGUUUGCAACCAGCUACAGGACGUUGGAGAAUGAUUCUGAUAGUGGUAUCAGUCUGCACAGCCACUGGUGCUUGGAACUGGUUAAUAGACCCGGAGACACAAAAGGUGUCAUUUUUCACAUCACUUUGGAAUCACCCAUUUUUCACAAUUAGCUGUAUUACCCUAAUAGGCUUGUUCUUUGCUGGAAUACAUAAAAGAGUGGUGGCACCAUCAAUUAUAGCAGCCCGAUGUCGAACUGUUUUGGCAGAAUAUAAUAUGUCCUGUGAUGAUACUGGAAAAUUAAUUUUGAAACCUAGGCCUCAUGUUCAAUAAGGGCUGUCUUCCUUCAGUUUUUUCCACUGCCAUGGAAACCAAAAAUGACCUUUUUUUAAGGUAGUAUGACGGCAAAAAACCAAACAGGACUGGUUGUCACUGCCUGGGAGUGAGUCUUACACAGUUGACAGUGAAAGUGUGCAAUAUUCCUUUCUUGAAUAUGUAUCCAAAUUCUUUGUUACCAUAUUAUCAGUGCUUUUGCUACUUCUGAUUACCUCUUUUUCAGUAUUAGUGUCACUUUUUUACUUCAGCUAGGACAGAACAUACAGGUGAAGUAUGUUAAUCGGCUAUGAAGUUGAACUUGAAAAUCAAACCUCAUUUGUGUUGAUGUGUCUUUGUAAGCUAUUGUAAAUAGCAGAUCGAUGCCAACGUUCAGGAAAAGAAGUAAUACUUGCUGUAUGGAUUUUUUUUGUUCUCAUGAACAGUAUUGAAAGGAACGCUUACCAUUCCCAUGAUGUUUUAUUAGCACACUUAUUCAUUACAGCUGUCCUUGUCUCCUGAUCACUCUUUUUGGAACUGGUAAAAAGGCUUGCAGAAAGACUGACUGUGCUGGAGAAAACUGGUCUUACUGUUUAAGAACUUUGCUAAUAUAUCAAGGAUGACAUUUGUGAAAUCGUAUCUGUAGUGCACCAGCCCCUGUCAUUGUGGUCAUACGUAGCUCCUUGGUUGAUCUGGUUCACAGCACUGCUAUUUUAAGAUUUUGAUAUUUUAAAAAUUGUCUUAAAUAUGCCUGUAUCUUCCCAAUUGUAAGGUUGUACUGUAUCUUAAGUCCACAUGACCAUUCUGAGUGGAUUUUUAUGCUGUGAUAGUCUGAAUAUGAAACUAGAAUUGCAAAUGUUUAACUUCAGAUUUGGUGAAGAAAAUAUGAAGAGUGCCACAAUAAAAUAAGAAAUUUUGUUAUCCAAAGUGAUAAAAACAAGGUCCGGAUGUUAUAUGCAUAAAGUGUAACUUUGGAAUAGCUAAAAUUGUAAAGAGUUUUAAGAGUUUAAGUUGUUCAAGGUGCCUUUUUAAUUGUUUCAAACUCUCUUAAUUGACUAAAACUGCAAAGCUGUUGCAACUUCAGUAACUCCUACUACAAGGUGGACUGGCUUUCAAAGGCAGCCUGUUGAUGUAACUUUGUGAGUCGAGACAUUAAGAAUUGUCUCUUGUAACUUUUCCAGUAAGUCUUCUGCACAUCCAUUAUUUUUAAUUGCUGUAUAUUUUGUAGGUAAAUGUGUAUAAAAUAAAUUCUUUGUAUAAACAG